GUUAAGGUUUGUUUUCAUUUCUAGAGUUGGGUUUUUCUAGAAGAAAAUUUAAAACAUUUUUAGCUGGUUAAUAAUUCCUGUAUUUAAUUCACUAAUAAAAAUGCUGCCUAGUAUGCCGUCAUUAUUUUCUUCUUCCCGGGAUUCCGUUAUACCUUCUGAAGCAAAUAUACCCAUAUCUGUUGAUCAUCAAGUGAGUGUAAAGGAGAAGAAACCAUUUGUCAGCAUUCCGGUUACAAAUGAACUUCAAGAUUUUUCGUUUGAAUCGAUCCCUCAAGAUGAAAAGGAGUGUGAUGAUGAGCUCGUUCUCAUGGCCGAAAAUGCUUCAAUUGGUGAAAAGAGGAAGAAUCAAUCUCAUUCAACCCCAACAAGGAAGAAAAAGAAAAUUGAAGCCGUAGAACCUGUGUUAGAGGAUAGAGUCAACAAUGAUGAGCAAGCUAAUCAUUUUGCUACAUCCUAUUUUAUGAAGGCCAAAGCAGAACUUGAUGAGCCUACUUUCUUAAAAUUCAUCGCUUUAUUAAGUGAGGUCACUGAAAGCAAUACGAACAUUAUUUCUCUGUAUAAUGAAAUGAUGAAUCUUUUGUCAAAUCAUCCUGACCUAGCUGAAAAAUUCAUUGGUUUUCUUCAUCCUCAUCAAGCCCUAGAAGUUCAGAAACUUACAGACUAUAUCCAGUUCGAAUCUACUUGGAAUUUCUUCAGAAAAAUCGAUGCCUUCCACUUGAAUAAGGUGUACCAUCUUCUGGAGCAGCAUAUCUCAAAUCCAUCAGUCACGAGUGAAACUGUCAAAAAUAGUCUCUUUUCUACAUUUAAAGGCCAUCCAAAUAUUUCAGAAGGGCUUCUUUAUUUGCUUCCUGGUGAAAAGCCUCCUGCAAGCUGCAAAGAAGACUUUGAGGACAUUUCUGAUCUUGGGGUGGAGGAUAGCAGUACGUGGGAGAAGCUGAGUAUUCCGGAGCAGUCCCAUAAUGGAUGCACUCCUGAUCUCUGCGAUUGUCGUUGCCAUUUGUGCAUACCGAAGAAGUUUUGUACUUACUGCAAUAUAAAGUUCUCAAAUGGACAGAUUUACGUUCAAACGGGGAAAGGUUUGAGGUUCGCAAAGGUAACCUUUCGUGGAUGUCAGCAAGAAGAGGUACUUUAUCAACUCAAUCCGACCAUUUAUAGCAAACCUGUUGAGAGAAAAAAAACUAAAUCUGUUUCUCAUCAAGCAAAAGAAAUCAGCCAUGUCAGUGAACCACUACCAAAAAGUGAGGUACAGGUUGAGACUACUAAGAAUGGUGGUAAAUGCAAAGGAAUCGAUAUAAUUGAAUUGACGAAAGAAGCUGUACCUGCUGAAAUUGAAGAAAAUGACUGUGAAGUUGCCAUAGAACUUGUCUUGCCACUUGUUCAUAAUGAGGAAAUAAUUUGCAUAAAUGAAGAAGGCGUCUUAGAAGAAAUCACUGAUGGCCAAAUGUGUAUCGUUCUUGACAAUGCUCUUGAAACAAAUGAAUGCAUUCCUACAUCUAAUGAAAAUAAGGAAGAUGUUAUUGAAACUACAUUGAAAGUGGAUGAUAUUGAAAUUGAAAAAGGUAUAGAUAAAGAGGUCAAAAAUGAUAAAAAUGAACAUGAAGAAAUUGUAGUAGAAGUUUAUGAGAUUGAUAACAAAAUAGAAGAAACAGUGGAUGUUAUUGAGGUUAAAGGUAAUGAAAACGAAAUUCAAUCGAAGGAAAAAGAAAUCAAAAUAGAAGAAGAAAAGUUGGAAAACAAGCCCAGAUUAUGGACCAGGGAAGAGGACAAGCUAAUUCUUCAGGCAUUUCAGAAGCAACUUAGCACCGAACAGACGUUCUCAAGAAUAAGUGAUCUCAUGCCAAACCGUACGGUCGAGGAUAUCCAGGGGAGGUUUCAAGUCCUAAUGAAUCUUCUUGAGCAGAUGACUAGUGGCUCCAAUUAUCCUUCGUAGUUGUAUAGCUAGCUGCGUUAAAUAUUACCUUUAACUGGACUGGAUACAGUUCAUUACAGAUACCUAUCGCAUUUGAUAUGGAAAUCUGAAUGUUUAUCGCUCAAAAUGAGCAUAUCUGUUGUAAAGUAUGGUGUGAAAAAUUGGUAUAUAUACCUUAAUAACUUAACUGUUUAGGUAUUUUUGAAAUUCUAUUGUGUAGAAAUCUAUAGAACUUUUUAAAUUAUUAAUUACGAUGAUGAUGCUUAAUAAUACGACUAAAUUAAGAUGUAUGUGCUUAAAAAGUAUUGGUGACAUUUUCAUUAAAAUUUUUGAUAUCUCUCUCAGAUUACUUCAGAAUUAUUUUCUUUUGAUUUUUCAGGUAUGGUUAAAAUUGUCUGACAUAUUUAUGGUGCUAGUUCUAAGAGAAUGUGUAGGUGAUGAGGUUUUUUAGAUGAGUCAGUGUCUUGAAAAUGUUACCAUCCACUCAUCGAAUAUUUAUAUUUUAUUUAAUUACUUAAGUUAUUAAAAACUUAUUUUUCUAUGAAGUUGUUAACUAUUUGCGGUCGUAUGCUGACCUUGGACCAGCAUAAACAAGUUAUCAUUUCAUUUGCGAGUUUCUAUCCAUCGCCAGUCCUACUGGUUCUUUGAGGAGCUGGGACCGGCAGACAUAUUUAAUGUUAGAAGUCCAAUGCCGGCUUAUCACUGGCAUCAAUUUUCUGUCCCUCUAGUCCCUUGCCAAAUCCUCCAAUGCAUAUUUUGAAUAGACAGCGCUAUUCUAGACGAUCAUCUGAUCGUUUUGGUACCAAAUAGUACCC